AUCAGAAAUCCAAAGCCAAAAACCACUCUCUAAACCCGACACAAAAACUCAAGCCCGAACCCAAGAAAGCUUCCUUCCCGAGACGAGAUCAAGAUGGCUCCCGAGCUGGCCGGCAAGAUGACCGCCAAGGCCGCCGUGGCGGCGGCCAAGCCCGCGACGAAGGCGUACGUGACGUUCCUGGCGGGGGCGGGGGACUACUGGAUGGGCGUGGUGGGGCUUGCCAAGGGCCUGCGCAAGGUUGGGUCGGCCUACCCGCUGGUGGUGGCCGUGCUGCCCGACGUGCCCGAGCUCCACCGCAAGAUCCUCGUCUCCCAGGGCUGCAUCGUCCGCGAGAUCGCUCCCGUGUACCCGCCCGAGAACCACACCCAGUUUGCCAUGGCCUACUACGUCAUCAACUACUCCAAGCUCCGCAUCUGGGAGUUUGUGGAGUACGAGAGGAUGGUGUACCUCGACGCCGACAUCCAGGUGUUCGACAACAUCGACGAGUUGUUUGAUCUGCCCAAGGGGCAUUUCUACGCCGUGAUGGACUGCUUCUGCGAGAAGACGUGGAGCCACACCCCGCAGUACCAGAUCGGCUACUGCCAGCAGUGUCCCGACAAGGUGACGUGGCCGGCCGCCGAGAUGGGCCCGCCGCCGGCGCUCUACUUCAACGCCGGCAUGUUCGUGCACGAGCCCAGCAUGGCCACCGCCAAGGCGCUCCUUGACACCCUCCGCGUGACGCCGACGACCCCAUUCGCGGAGCAGGAUUUCCUCAACAUGUUCUUCAGGGAGCAGUACAAGCCGAUCCCGCUGGUCUACAACCUUGUUCUGGCGAUGCUCUGGAGGCACCCGGAGAACGUGCAGCUGGAGAAGGUCAAGGUGGUGCACUACUGCGCUGCGGGAUCGAAGCCAUGGAGGUUCACGGGCAAAGAGGAGAACAUGGACAGGGAGGACAUCAAGAUCCUCGCCAGGAACUGGUGGGACAUCUACAACGACGAGAGCCUCGAUUUCAAGGGCCUGCCCGCCCUGGCCGCCGACGCCGACGAGCUCGAGGCGGCGGCCAAGAAGCCGCUCCGCGCGGCGCUUGCGGAAGCCGGCACCGUCAAGUACGUCACCGCGCCCUCGGCUGCGUGAUCCCCGGUUGCCUAGCUCCGGCCCGUGCCACUGUGGUCAUCAAAGCAGGAAGCCGGGCACCUAUAAGCAUUUGCAUUUUGGUAUUUUGCGUCUGUUCGGUUCCAAGUUAGCAGUAUCAUUUCAAGUUUAAGAUAGGAUCGAAAGAGUCCACGUAUGUGAAUAUCCUCGACCCUUUGUGAAGUAGAGUGCUGAGUCGUCCUGUAUGAAAGAAUUAUGUGUGAAUCAAUAGGAAGCUUUAAAAAUUAUGGCAUA